CCUCUCUCUCUCCCUCUCUCUCUCUCCCCCAGCUUUUGUUUCGCCAUGCCUAGUCUAGUGGUAUCUGGAAUAAUGGAAAGAAAUGGGGGCUUUGGAGAGCUAGGAUGUUUCGGGGGAAGCGCUAAGGACCGAGGGCUGCUGGAAGACGAGCGCGCCCUUCAGCUGGCUCUUGAUCAACUCUGCCUCCUGGGUUUGGGGGAGCCCCCCGCCCCCACGGCGGGCGAGGACGGGGGAGGUGGGGGGGGCGGCGCCCCCGCGCAGCCGGCCGCCCCCCCGCAGCCGGCCCCGCCGCCGCCGCCCGCCGCGGCCCCGGCCGCCCCGAGCGCGGCCCCCGCGGCGCAGACGCCCCAGCCCCCCACCGCCCCCAAAGGGGCGAACGACGCCAAGCUCUGCGCGCUCUACAAAGAGGCCGAGCUGCGCCUGAAGGGCAGCAGCAACACCACGGAGUGCGUCCCCGUGCCCACCUCCGAGCACGUGGCCGAGAUCGUGGGCAGGCAAGGCUGCAAGAUUAAGGCUCUGAGAGCCAAGACCAAUACCUACAUCAAGACUCCUGUGCGAGGUGAGGAGCCGGUGUUCAUGGUGACUGGAAGGCGGGAAGACGUGGCCACAGCCCGGCGGGAAAUCAUCUCAGCCGCUGAGCACUUCUCCAUGAUAAGAGCCUCACGAAACAAGUCUGGCGCCGCCUUUGGUGUGGCCCCUGCUCUGCCGGGCCAGGUGACCAUCCGCGUUCGAGUGCCCUACCGUGUGGUGGGACUGGUGGUGGGCCCCAAAGGAGCGACCAUCAAACGCAUCCAGCAGCAGACCAACACAUACAUCAUCACCCCCAGCCGGGACCGCGACCCGGUGUUCGAGAUCACCGGCGCCCCGGGCAACGUGGAACGCGCGCGGGAGGAGAUCGAGACGCACAUCGCGGUGCGCACCGGCAAGAUCCUCGAGUACAACAGCGACGGCGACUUCCUGGCUGGCAGCCCCGACGCCGCGCUGGACAGCCGCUACUCCGACGCCUGGCGGGUGCAUGCUCCCGGCUGCAAGCCGCUUUCCACCUUCCGGCAGAACAGCCUGGGCUGCAUCGGCGAGUGCGGCGUGGACUCGGCCUUCGAGGCCCCGCGCCUAGGCGAUCAGGGCGGGGACUUCGGCUACGGCGGAUAUCUGUUUCCGGGCUACGGCGUGGGCAAGCAGGACGUGUACUACGGCGUGGCGGAGACUAGCCCCCCGCUGUGGGCGGGCCAAGAGAACGCCACGCCCACCUCGGUGCUCUUUUCCUCCUCCUCCUCCUCCUCUUCUUCAGCCAAGGCUCGGGCGGGCCCACCUGGCGCACACCGCUCUCCAGCCACCUCCGCGGGGCCGGAGCAGCUGGCCGGGCUCCCUCGGCGGCCGCCUGGAGAGCCGCUGCAGGGUUUCUCUAAACUGGGGGCGGGAGGGCUGCGGAGCCCAGGCGGCGGGCGGGACUGCAUGGUGUGCUUUGAGAGCGAAGUGACAGCCGCCCUGGUGCCCUGUGGACACAACCUUUUCUGCAUGGAGUGCGCAGUCCGCAUCUGCGAGAGGACGGACCCAGAGUGUCCCGUCUGCCACAUCACCGCCACGCAAGCCAUCCGAAUAUUCUCCUAAGCUCCCUGCCCCUGGUCUCCUGGCCCCCGCUGCCCAGGGUGCCACCCUGGACCUGUGUAGGGCCUUUUGGGAAAAUCAGUGACUAUAGGGCAAGGUGCUUAGAAAUAUUCGCUCGCUGGGGUGGGGA